AUGGGUGCAGCGUUGAUGACAGAUUACCUCACGGUAAAGGCGGCUCUUGUAGACGCUGAGCAGAAAGCUGCGGCAUUCGAAACGCUUUCCGAUACUUCCGGCACAGAGUCCUUCUUGCUCGGAGAUCAUAUGCCCGGUGCUACCCUUGAUAUGUCAUUAUACUUGCAGUACAAGCACCUGAGAGAGUGUCUGUAUCCUCAAACUAGAGCACGAAGCCCACUGCCUACGACGUUGACUUCGUUGGAGCAAAAACCCGUUGGCCUCUGCAAUAUCCGUACCAGACCAGAAAAGGUGGCGUUAACAAGCCAGAUAGCAAGCUUAAACUUUGCCUCAGAUAGCAUAGUCACCAACAUACAUACUGAUGUGAAUAAGUCGCGGGCAUACCCAAGGGGUAUAGCCUGCGAGAAUACGAGCGGGUUCCCACGUGCACCAAUCGCAGCGCUCAGGGAGACUGUAGGUUCCACUGAUGAGAGUAGUGCAGAUCCGGCGGCGACAACCAUGCAGACAAUUGCGGGACGUAAAGGGGCCGGAAUACCCACCGCAGCUCCGCGUGCUCCCACUACAUCAGCUGCGAGAACCUCCGGGGUUGGAGCCGCCAGGCAGGGCACGAUAACAAUGACAGCUGCAAAUCCAGGCAAGAUAGAGACAGGCGUGGCAGCAAGUACAGCGAGAUGGCACGCCUCGCCUGCUACGAAGACUACUUGA